AUGGCAGCCAGGCUGUUAAGUUUAUACGCUCGCCGUCUUUUGGCAGCAGCGGCUAUACGAGAGCUGCUGGCUGCCCGCGUUCGCUCGGAAUCCUCCAGGGCUGUAAUCUCCCCGUCUGCUGUGGAGAGAAAACUGUCACGAGAACCUACCACACUCUGGCAGGAGGACCCAGAACCCGAGGACGAAAACCUCUACGCGAAGAACCCAGACUUUCACAGCUAUGACCAGGACCUUGUGGUGGAUGUCUGGAACAUGCGAGCUGUCUUCUUCUUUGGUUUUUCCAUUGUCCUGGUCUUUGGUACCACUUUUGUGGCAUAUCUGCCUGACUACAGGAUGCAAGAGUGGGCCUGCCGGGAAGCUGAGAGACUUGUAAAAUACCGAGAAACCAACGGCCUCCCCAUUAUGGAAUCCAACUGUUUUGAUCCCAGCAAGAUCCAGUUACCAGAAGAAGACUGAUGAAUUACUGAGUGGGCUUAAAAAGCGCUACUUUGUCUUCCCUGCGUGUUAUUCUUCUGGUUCCUCAGAGGACCCUAUUAAAGGGAUUGAAAGAAAGAAAAAAGGGUUAGAGUCCAUGAUCACCAUGGCAGAGAGGAGAGCAAGCAGGCAGGUAUGGUCCUGCAGCAGUAGCUGAGAGCUUACUGUUGUGCCCAGAUUAUGACCCCCAGAGAGAGACCACCAGAGAGGCCCAGCUUGUA